AUGAAGAUGCACUUCUGUAUCCCGGUGUCCCAGCAGCGGCCAGACGCGCUGGGGGGCCGCUACACGCUGUACUCCGUGUACCUGGACGGCUUCCUCUUCUGCAAGGUGCGCUAUAGCCAGCUACAUCGUUGGAAUGAACAGCUGAGACGAGUGUUUGGAAAUUGCCUGCCUCCCUUUCCACCAAAGCAUUAUCUUUCGAUGACCACAUCUAUGGCCGAUGAGAGGAGGGACCAAUUGGAACAAUACCUGCAAAAUGUAACUGUGGACCCGAACAUGUUGAGAAGUGAUGUCUUCGUUGAUUUUUUAAAAGUGGCACAGCUGGACACGUUUAGCAUCACUGCCAAGAGAACGUCUCUGGACAUAUUUCUGCCCGAUGGAAGGAGCAUUCAAGCUGAAAUUCUCACAUCAGACACCGCCGAAAGAGUCCUAGAGGUGGUGUCACAGAAAAUUGGACUGUGUCGGGAGCUGCUGGGCUACUUUGGCCUAUUUCUCAUUCGGUUUUGCAAGGAGGGCAAGCUCUCUGUCAUGAAAAAAUUGGCAGACUUUGAACUCCCUUAUGUGAGUCUUCGAAGCUCUGAAGUGGAAGACUGCAGGGUCGGACUCAGGAAGUGGUACCUGGACCCAUCCCUCGACUCCAUGCUGAUGGACUGCAGAGCAGCUGUAAAUUUGAUCUAUAUGCAGGCAAUACAAGACAUUGAAAAAGAAUGGGCCAAACCCACACAGGUGCAGAGGCAGAAAUUAGAGGCUCUCCAGAAAGAAGACAACCAAACAAAGUUUUUGGAGCUGUCCCAAGAGGUGCGGCACUAUGGAUACCUGCAGCUGGAUCCUUGUACCUGUGACUACCCGGAACCGGGCUGUGGGGCUGCUCUUUCUGUGGGCAAUAACGAGAUCAGCUGCUGCAUGACCCUGCCUGAUAACCAGACCCAGGACAUCAUUUUCCAGAUGAGCAGAGUGAAGUGCUGGCAGGUCACUUUCCUUGGGACUCUGUUGGACAUGGAUGGGCCCCAGCGAACUCUCAACCAGAACUUAGAGCUCAGAUUUCAGUAUAGUGCGGAAAGUCGCUGGCAGUGGUUUGUUAUUUACACAAAACAGGCUUUUUUGCUGAGUAGCUGCUUGAAAAAGAUGAUCUCAGAAAAGAUGAUAAAGCUAGCUGCAGAGAAUCCAGAAAUGCAGAUUGAAGUUCCAGAACAAGGCAAAAGUAAAAAAUACCACAUUGAACAAAGCUGGUCGAAACACUAUUCUAGCUUUCUAUCAAGAAAAAGCAAGAUUAAGAUAGCUGAAGCUGACUGCGUUUCGGAGACCAUAGAGGAAGAAGGUCUUUGA